UCCGGCUCAAGCACUUCCGAUAAUUUUGAACACAAGAUAAUUUUCUUCACAAUCGAUUUGCUCGCAUGCGUUCUUUGUUGCUUCACGGUCUGAGAGGUGUUCGGAGCUACAGCAUGUCUACGGUUGAGCAAGCUAAACGAGCUGCUGCGUUCAUGGCAGUGGACCAGCAUGUUCAGAACAACACAGUCGUUGGAGUGGGCAGCGGCUCAACGGUCGUGUAUGCCGUGGAGCGACUGACCGAGCGAGUGAAGAAUGAGAACUUGCAGCUGAAAUGUGUGCCUACUUCGUUUCAGGCACGGCAGCUGAUCAUUUCAAAUAAUCUGGUUCUGGCAGAUCUGGAGACUUGUCCUGAGCUUGAUGUGGCUAUUGAUGGAGCGGAUGAAGUGGAUGCCCACCUUUCCUGCAUCAAAGGUGGCGGUGGCUGUCAGACUCAGGAGAAGGUCGUCGCAGCUGCAGCGAAGAAGUUUGUUGUCGUCGCUGACUACAGAAAGGACUCUGAGCGUCUUGGUCAGCAGUGGGAGAAAGGACUGCCUGUGGAAGUAGUGCCGUUUGCCUACAAGCCUGUGGCGAUCAAGAUGGAGCGCAUGGGAUUCGAGCCCGUGUUGCGUAUGGCCAAGAACAAAGCCGGACCAGUGAUAACGGACAAUGGCAAUGUGAUCCUAGAUGUCAAGUUUGAUGCCACACAGGAGCGCGACUGGAAACAAGUGGAGAGCGACAUCAAUAACGUUGCUGGUGUUGUUGAAGUUGGGCUUUUCGUUGGCAUGGCUAACGUUGCCUACUUCGGAAUGGAAGACGGAACUGUCAAGACCAGAACGCCAUGAUAAUAGUGGCUUAUCCAACUAUGACACUAUGACGGACUCGCGGUGGUGUACACCCGGACCUGACGUUCUCCUGCUUUCCUACACGGCCAGCAACAACCAGCAGUGCGUAAUGUAAUGUGCGCGUGUGUGAGAGUGUGUGCCUAAUUAUAACACUAAACACAGCACCGCAGACUUGCUAUAUAUGUUGGCUUGUGGCUUUGGUGUGCGAGCCCUGCACACUUGCCUAGCAUUAGUAGUUUGCGGCAGUAAGCCUUGGCCAAACGUAUACUGACUGGCCUUGCUAACCCACCCUCGCCAUGCUAGGCAAGAAUGUACGCGUGCAUGCAUGCGUGCGUGCAUGUCAACCAAAGAACUGUUCACAGCACUAGUAGUAUCUUCACACGCGGCCUACAGCCAACAUAGUUGAGUUUCACAGCUAGGCAGACGUUAGCACUGCACUGCCACUCUCUGUGCUUUGAUUCUGGCCAAUGAUUUGAGUAUUUCAUGCAGCUCUCAUUAACCAAUUAACCGUCCAUCUACCUGGAAAUGUAUGCUCCAGGAAUACCCUAUGCCCCGACCUUGGCAGUGUUACUCUUUAGACGAAUGCUAGCCCUUGAAUCGUUGAAGUAGUCAACGGUUUAUUUUAGUGUAAGAUUAACCAUACAUUUUGCUAUGGUUAGCAAUUGCCAGAUACAUUUUGCUAGCAUAUUAUAAACUAGAUGCGAACGUAAACUAAAAAAAUG